AUGUCUUCGUCAGCUUCGCGGUCCUCCGUCAUCGGCAGUUCUCCACCUUCGAGGAGUCCUGCUGCUACUGGUGCAUUCCCUUCGAUCUUCAGCCAAGCAAAGCCUGAUGCCUUGUCGCUGGCGUCGGACUCCGCUGGGUGUGGACCAGUGUUGGACAUGGCAUCCUCAGGAGCGAGCUUGGCAAUUCGAAGCAGCCUCCGUCUGGAGCUGCCUAUUUCCAUCCUCCACUUUGGAACGCCAGGAGCCAAGCGUGCCAAGGUACAAGUAGCUGACCUUCGGAUGUUCGGUUCCUCCUCACCUUUGCAUUCCUUCGGCUACGUGGGAUCGCCAGCAUCCGCUGCCGGUCUGUCCAGACUUGGGCUGCUUCCGCUUGUGCUGGACCUUUCCAAGCUGGAUGUGCUCUUGGCCAUGAGGUCUUUGCUGCGGCCUGGAUUGUUGUUUCUUCCGUUGCAGUGUGGGUCAGCCGGUUCCAUGUUACCAGCACUGGACUUUGGCAUUCUGGACACACCGUUGUUGGUCCAAAGCAUGGUGGCGUUGGGUGCGGUCACUCCAGUGUCAGAUUCCCUGAAUCUGGGUCCUCUUCUAUCCUUGAAGUCCCUUGCGCGCUGUGGCUUGGCUCUGUUUGUUUUAGACUUUGCGCAGCUUGGUCCCUUGCCAUCCAUGCGCUCGCCUGCGCAACUGGAUGCCACAACGGCCGUGCAUGCACUCGUCGCCCUGGGCUCCGCGUCGUCGGUGUCGGAUCCCCUGCAUUUGGAGAGUCCCUUGUUUCUGCGAUCGCUUGCGCAGCUUGACUCCAUUGUACCAGUGCUAAAGUCUGCUCGGACUGACAGCUCGUUGCUGCUCCGCAGUCCUGCGUGCAUCGGUCUCUUCAUGUCAGCUGCAGACUCUGCCACUCUUGCAUCUUUCUUGCUGGUGAGGGGGCUUGCGCGUCUCGAGCUGGCGACGUUGGCAGUGGAUUGCAGCUUCUUAGAUGCACCAUUGCCGCUUCGUCGCCUGGCCUGUCUCGGUCCCGCCUUCAGUGUCUUCAGUGCCCGGAACCCAGAACGCACCAGAAAUUCGCAUGGUGCAGCCUCGAAGUGA